AUGUUCGAAUCCUUCUGCCGUAUUCACCACAGUGUUGGAAUCGACAUGUUAGCAGAGAAGUUGAACAUGAAUGUGGACGAUGCGGAGAAGUGGAUUGUUCACCUCAUCCGGAACGCACGUAUGGAUGCCAAGAUUGAUUCACAGAAGGGCCUCAUCGUGAUGGGUACGCAGAAAGUAUCACCUUAUCAACAAGUAAUCGAACGCACAAAGACGAGUGGGAGCUGCGCACAUAAAUUGCUCGAACGAUUACGAUGGGAAAAGGCACUUGACACGGAGACGGUAUGUCCUCCCCCCGCCUAUACCUUUACAAUUGAUGCUCCUGUUUUCUUAUGUUCGCCAAGUUGUUGGGAUUCUUCCAGUUCCAUUUUGUGCAUCUUGGCUUUUUACACUGACGGUUCAUAUGAUGUAGCUGUGUACUACCUUCUCCAAACGACCAGCUAA